AUGUCGCUGAAUACUUCAUCUGAUGAAGUUAGUGAUGGAGCAUCUGACGGAGCAUCAGGGGGAUGUAGUGCGAUUGGGGCUCACGAUCACGAGGACAUUAAACCGGAUGAGGACGACUGCUCUGAGGAAGAUGAUGAGGCAGUCGAUUGGGACGAUGUGUACCGUAUGUUUGAUGACAUGUCUUUAAAAGAUUGUUUUCGACACCUUGCGGUUGCACACCAGCUCCCCCGUUCAGUGGUCAAUAUGAUGCUGGCCAUCCUACGGGAGAAACUAGAUUUAAAUCUUCCUAAAGAUGCGCGGACAUUGAUUGGUACACCAACCCGUGUUAGUAGUCAAGUUGUGUCUAUCCGGGGAGGUGAUUUUUGGUAUGGAAGUUUAGGAUCUGCCCUGACAAAAUACAUUACACCUGUAACUGUUUCAAACAUAUCUAUUCCUGAAGAGACACAGUUUUCAUUGGAGGUGUCAAUCGACGGGCUACCAUGGAACAAAAGUGGGCCAAUCCAGCUUUGGCCCAUUCUUAUGAAGGUGGUAGAGUUGCCAAAGCUUCCGAUUAUGACGGUGGCCACAUUCAGUGGAACGGUAAAACCGGCAAGCAUUGAAGAGUUUUUGCAGUCGCUAGUAGAUGAGCUGAAUGAAAUUCAGCAAGGAGGUUUGAGCGUUGGCGAGAAAACGUUGAAUUUUAAUGUUCGCAAUUUUCUCGCUGACUCGCCGGCUCGAAGCUUCAUAAAAGGAAGUCUGGCGAUCCGGUUGCGGCUGGGACCAGGUGAUCAACAGUGCGUGUGCGGAAAGGUGGGCGAAAUGGAUCGCCCAGCUAUCAUCACUCCAAAGGGUUGCCAUCAGGAGGUGCUACAGGCUGAACACUUCUGCGAAUGCCCAAAACAUACAGCUACACGUUUUCUGUGA